ACCACCCGCUCUCCCCUCUGCAUACCCACACGCACCAUGUCCUACGCCGACGUCGCCGCCCACAACGCUCCGCCCGCGUCGCAGCAGCCGCGCCCGGACCCCAGCCUCGUUGAGGGCAGCCACGGCAACACCGCCGGCAUUACGCAGCACCCUGACGUCAACACGGGCAAGGUCAACGUCGUGCCGGCCGGCAGUGAUCUGGAGCACCUGAGCACCGAGACGGGCGAGGAGUUCGAGGCGGCUGAGAAGCGCACAAAGGCCGAGGUGGAGCGCCUGCAGGCCGAGGCCAAGAAGCACCUCGAGCAGGGCACCGAGGAGGGCAAGCGCCUGGCUGACAAGGCCAGCAAGGAGGCGAAGGACCUGCUGGGCCGCGCCGAGGAGCAGGCCAAGAAGGCCGAGAAGAAGAUCUCGCGCGCCGCCGACAAGGCCGGCAAGGAGGCCUCUGACUUCUGGCAGAAGUUCUCGUCGAACCCCGAGUACUGGGCCAGCACGCUCGGCGCCGUCAACGCCGCGCUGCUCAUCGGCGGCGGCGUGUGGGUGUAUGCGAAUCGCGACCAGGCGCGCUCGUGGGACCGCCGCAUCGUCAGCGGCGUCGGUGUGGGCAUCCUCUCGCUCCUUGGCCUGCAGAGCUACGCCGCCUCGGAGGCCGCGCUGAAGCAGAAGGGCAAGAAGUGAGCGUGGACCGGAGAGCUCGAGA